AUGGCGCCGACAAAAGGAAGAAAGCGAGCUUACUCCAAUUCCAAUCUGUCUGUCGAAGACUCGGAUCUUGACGGCUUCGGGCAAGAUGAUGCCGACUCGUUCCGUCCUGCCCAGGCCAAGAAACGUCGCGGCACCGAAUGGUCCUCUGUGCAGGCUGGCGCCCGCAACCAGGAAGCAGACCGAGUCAAGCAAUACGUGACUGCGUUUGAAAAGGGCAUUGUGGCUGCCGGGCGUGACAAGGCCAUGGCUACGCUCAGCCGGGGCGAAGAGGCAACAGCCAAGGAAAACAAGAGAACGUUGGAGCGCAUCCGUGACGCCUACGAGACAGCCUCCAUUGGUGCGUCCCUCGGUGCCGCCGACCACCCACUCUACAUCGCUGGGCGCGAAGUCCUCGCGCUCUUCCAUGAUACUCUUGCCCGCUACGAAGAGGCCGGCAAAGCCCUCCAGCAAGCCCUCUUGGGUGCUGGCGACGGCGACGGCAACGACAACGGCGAUGCCGGUACUACGACAAAGAGCGUCGACGCCGUGCAGGUCUCCUGGCAGCAGGACCGCGCCGAGGCCCACAAGCUCCUCCGCUACGGCCGCGUGUACGGCGACAGUCUGGUGCAUGAGAUCAUUGUUCCCAAGACAUCGGCGGAUGGGGGGACAGCGGGCGGCGGCAAGGCAAAGGACCUGGUGUCCGGCAUGGCGGCGCCCGCGGGCGGACUGAACCAGACGGGCCGCUCAGCGCUACAGAUGUUUCCCCGCAGCCGCGCGACGGUGGCGCGUGGCCAGACUUGGGGCGAGGCGGCCAAGUCGCAGGUGCAGGCGCUCAAGGGUCUGCUGAAGACGCUGCCGGGUGUUGGUGGGCAGGCGCACGGCGGUACAAGUGUGAGAAAAUCGGUGACGUUUGAUUGUUAG